AACAUCGCGCAUCCAACUGUAUCAACCAUGUUGGGACUUAAGUGUAGCAGCCAGUGCCUUGCGCUUUCGUGCAUCCUUUUGGUCAGCUGUUUCGGCUGGGUGACGGCCCAACAGUUUGUGCUGCCCGGCCGUUCGCAGCGUUCACUUUUUGGUCCACCGCCGCCCGGACCGUGGAGCAGCAGCGGCUGGAGCAGCAGUCCCAGCUUUGAGCUGCCAACGCAUCAUGAGCACAAUCACAUAACACGGGAUGAGGUGCUGGCUUUGUUGGCCGCCUGGAAGGCAGCGGAUGCCAAGCCGCCAGCCAAGCCGGAGCCGGAGGCUGAACCGGAGCCAGAGCCGGAGCCCGAGGCGCCCGAACCGGAGCCAGAGCCCGAGGAGCCCGCACCGGAGCCAGCGCCAGGACCACAGCCGGCCGUGCCAUUGACCGUCUCGCUGCCCGCCUUUGUGCCCAUCCAGCUGUCCGCCAUGUACACGGCGCCUGCGCCCGUGCCCGGCGCUGGCCUGGGCGCAUUUGGCUUCGGUGGCGGCUUUGGCGGUGCCGGUGGAGCUGGCGGUGCCGGUGGUGCCGGCGGUGCUGGUGGUGCUGGCGGCGGUGGCGGUCCUGGAGCUGCUGGCGGUGCUGGCGCUCCAGGUGGAGCUGGUGCCCAGGCGCAGGCGCAUUCCGGUCGACGCAACGUGGCCAGAGCCAAUGGCAAUAUACGCUUUCCUGUCGCCAAUCCGCGCAGCUUUGCAUCCGCCAAUUAUGUGGCGCCACGUCCGCGUUUCUAUCGCACCAUCGUCGCCGAGACCGGCCAGCCCAUGAGGUGAGUCUUAUCCACAUCUGACAUUAUUCGCCCACAUUCUGGCUAAUCUCUGUUCUUGCAUCCUGCAGCAUUGGCGCCUUGCCGCCGCCGCCUUUCCUCGCCAAUCCCGUGAAAUUCGUGCCCAGCAAUUGGCAGUAGGCGUCCAGUCAAAUCUACAAAUCUACAAAUCUGCAUAAAAUACAAUACUAUAUGCUAUAUAUACUGUAUAUGUAUAUUUUAAUCGAACUAAUGUGUCCAUAUGUCGUAUAUUAAUAAUAAGUGUAAAUAGCUCAAUGUUUAAUA